AGCGCUUUUCGCGUUAUAAUCAUGGCGGUGUUUGGAAGCUUCCAAAAUGUGGUCUUCUUGGCUGCUUUUGCUUUUAUCCUUCCAGCGAUUCUGAAUGAAAAUAAUUCAUGUGCUAACGCCGUCCCCACUCCCCGUCCUCCUGGCCGAGCACCCAGCUGUGCUCCACCUGGCUGCUUUAGUGUCCUCGUUAGACGUAUCAGAGGACCACCUCGACCAAGGCCGCCACCUGGCCCAGGACCAGGUCGAGGUCAGCCGCCUGCUGUUAGACCGCCAAGUCGGCAGCCACCUAAUCCACGUCCAGGGCCCGUUCCUAGUCCACCGAGCCCGUCUUCUCCGGGAUUAUCUUCAUCAUCAUCAACUGAAUCAUUAUCUGGUGCAAGACCUGGGGACGUGAUGGCCAACUUGUGGAGGCAACCAAACUUUCGCAAUCCCGGACAGGGCAUCGGCUGACAGAGCUCGUUAAGCAAGUUUGGGUAUG